UCAACGCUCGGAUCGUGGGCCUGCGACGGUUUCCGCAAGAAAGCGUAGUCGUGCUGUGGAUUAGGUUGGCAGUGGUCUUUGAGGGGCUGCACCUCACCGCGGAGUCCUACGUCCUAUCCGGCUGGAGCCACAGUCUCUGCAGUCCUGAGAGAGAAACAUCACUUGGUUGCCUCCCAUACGCACCUGGACCAGGGGAUCAAACCUGCAACCCAGGGAUUUUCUUUCAUGACUGUUUUCUUCAAAAUGAGUGUUAACAUUGCCUUCAUAAGACCUUUUGCUAGAGUUUUGGUGCCAUUUACCCUUAACAGGAAGAGAAGUGUUUUAUAUUCAUCGAUUCUGCAGAGAUACAUGUCUUCCAAAAUACCACCUGUGCCCUGUCCUAAUGAGGAGAGUACAUCACCUGAACAGCUGGAAUUGGAUGCGUGGAAAAUUACAAUGAAGUCUAGUGUACAAGAAGGUGUUUCAACAGUCUUAAGUACCAAGGAUGAAGAUCCUUUGGAGGCUACUAGGGAGUUAAUUGAGAUGUGGAGAUUGCUUGGCAGAGAAGUUCCAGAACACAUCAGUGACGAAGAGCUCAAAACGAUUAUGGAAUGUGUUUCUAAAUCAUCAAAAAAAAAAUAUUUAAAAUAUUUGUAUGCUAAGGAAAAAAUGAAAAAAGCUAAGCAAAUUAAAAAGGAAUUGAAAGCAGCAGCAAAGGAAAAAGCAAAAGAAGACCAGGUACUAGAAACCAAGGAAAAUAAACAGCAAAACUUCCUAUUUCUACGACUGUGGGAUAGGAAUAUGGACAUAGCAAUGGGCUGGAAGGGUGCCCAGGCCAUGCAAUUUGGGCAACCUUUGGUUUUUGACAUGACUUACGAUAAUUACAUGAAACCAAAAGAGGUGCAGAAUACUGUUUCCCAACUUUUAGAAAGUGAGGGACAGAACAGAAGAGAUGUUGAUCCCUUUCAUAUUCAUUUCUGCAAUCUUAAAACAGAUGGCCCUCUUCACAGAGAGUUAAUUAAACGUUAUGGAGAAAAGUGGAACAAACUGCUUUUAACAGCAACAGAAAAGUCACACAUAGAUUUAUUUCCAAAAGACAGUAUUGUAUAUUUAACUGCAGACUCUCCCAAUGUUAUGACUACUUUCAAGCAUGACAAAAUUUAUAUAGUGGGAGCUUUUGUUGAUAAGAAUAUACAGCCAGGCAUAUCCCUAGCCAAGGCAAAACGGCUGAAUCUGGCAACAGAAUGCUUUCCAUUAGAUAAAUAUUUACAGUGGGAUACUGGUACAAAAAAUCUCACCUUAGAUCAAGUAAUACGUAUUUUGUUAUGUCUGAAAAACAACGGUAGUUGGGAAGAGGCUCUGAAGUUUGUUCCAAGGAGAAAACAUACUGGUUAUCUGGAGAUUCCUCAGUAUUCUCAAGAGUUGGUCAACAGAGUGAAGAAAUCAAAGAUUAUUAAGUCAUUUCAAAAAGGCUCUCUGAAUAUAUACACACAGAAAAGAUGACUUAAAAGAAUAUUCAAUAGCUUAAAAAGUAAAUAGAUUGGAAAUACAAUUGUUAGUCUUUUCCUGAAUGGAAUUCACUUGCUCUUAGAGGUUGUCUUUCCAAACUAACUGAAGUAUUGUACUUUCCCCAAUUAAGUAAAUAUCUGCAAAACUUUGGAAAUGUAUAUAUUUUUACUAUAAAAAAAACCUUAGUAAAAAGAGUUGCCUGGGUUUGUUGAGCCCAGUAAACCAGUUUCAUCGUAGCAUUUUAAUAACUGAGUCUGUGCCUCCAUUUUUCAUUCUCAAAUGUUCUUUUAGCUAUGUCAACAACUACCCUUUUAUCAAAAAUUGAGAAAAUAUUUCUAGACUUCAAGUGGUCAUUCACUUAUUAAAGUAGCAUUUGGUACAGUGCUAAGCAUGUCAUAGGCACUAAGGUAUAUUGUUUAACUGAAUGUUAAACAAAAGGUAAGCAAUUCCAUAGCAUGUCAUGGGAUUUGGCUGUAUAAUGAAAAAAUGGGUUUGGGGAGAUAAAACUCAUUUCUUGUCCUUUUAAAAAGUUGUAUUUAGUGAGUGUUACAUACAGUACUUCCUUUUCUAGGAAAUAGUUCUUUCCUCCAGCCACAUGAUUCAAAUAGAAGUUGCUUAAUUUUUUACAGACCUCUCCUGGCCACAGCUGAUUAUCCCUAAGUACACACUUCAUUCAAGUUUAGAGAUGGGCAACUAACUUUAAGAUAGACCCAUUACAACACUUUUCCAAGAUUUUUGGACUUAAGAACUAAGAUGGACUAUAUUAGUUCCUUUCUGGUGGUAAACUUAGACAGAUAAAAAGCUUUAAAAUUGGUGGACACGUCCUUUUCCGUGAAGGAAGCCAGGAGAGAGUGAAGCUUACCUACAGAAAUAAGACCAAUUUCUAGAUCUGUUCAAAUCCCUGCUUCCAAUUGUCUCAGGUCUAGCUAUAGAUUUCCAUUAGGGUUUACUGGUUGUUCAAACCUCAUGUGAUAUCUUGUAUCUCUCCAAUAAGUUCUCCUUUGCCUAAGCCAGUUUAAGUUAGGUUUCUGCUGCUUGCUACCUAAUGAGUCCUAAUAUACUUGAGAAAAUAUUUGUUUCCUAAGAAGUGAACUUCAGGAACCAUAAUCAUUGUAGACUAACUGCACCAUUAAAGUUGGAAACAUGGGGAAAUAAAUAUAUAUGGAUGGCCAAGCAUUUCUACCUAGUUUCUGAACUGAAAAUUAGUAUAAGAUGCUAUCCAAUACAUUUUUUUUAAGAUUUUAUUUAUCUUUAGAGGAGAAGGGAAGGAGAAAGGGAGAGCAACAUUAAUGUAUGGUUGCCUUUCGUGCAUCCCCUGCUGGGAACUGGCCUGCAGGGAACCGGCCUGCAACCCAGGCAUGUGCCCUGACUGGGAAUCGAACUGCGAUUGUCUGGUUCGCAGGCCCGCACUCAAUCCACUGAGCUACACCAGCCAGGGCUCCAAUACAUUUCUUAAAGUGGGGCCUAAAUUUUACCAAAUACUUAAGUACCUACUUUGCUCCAAGCAGAAUGCAGUAUACAUGAAUUACUUAAACAAGCUGUAGGUACCAUUAUUAUCUUUUUUACAAAUAAGGAAAAUUUAUUCAAAAUAAUUUGGCCUUUAAGUAUCAUCUCAAAACAUCUGUCUGACUUUAAAGUCCCAGGUUUUAACCCAUAAAUCAUGCACUCUAAUAAGGCAAGAAUGAAAUGCAAUGGAAAAAUAAGGCUAUGUGUAACCUAAAUGGUAUCAGGAAUGUCCUUGAGGAAGUGAUGUGUUAAUUUAGAAUUAGUGACAAGUGUGAUAUGAAUGAAUUUCCACUGUUAGACCCUAUUAAAGUGGCAAGGUGUUACUACUUGAACUGCUUGAGAUACACUGCAGUUAAAAUAAGAGAGAGAGUUAAAGAAUAAGGUUAAGAUUUCCUGGCAGGGUCAGCACUAAAAUGAGGCAAACAAGGCUCCUAGGGGCACCUCACUAGUCACCCAGCCUUUAUUCCCAGGGUUCCAGCUCCAUCCCGCAGCCUCUUGCAUUGCUUAAAUUGCUGAAUCUCUUGAAAUUUGUUAUCUAUUAAAAGAUUAGAAAUACUGUAUUUGCUGUGUACAAUUCACUCAUGUAAUGAACACCCACAUUUUUGUGCAUGUUAUACACAGGAUUAUUAUACCCAUGGUCUGUAAUCAUACCCGUAUAAUCCCCUCAAAAAUUUGGGCAAAAAGUGCACAUUAUAGCAAAACAUGGUAGUUUUUGACUCAUACAGCAAUACAGUAUCUGGCAUGUAAGCAUUUUUUUAAGAUUUUAUUUUUAGAGGGGAAGGGAGGGAAAAAGAGUGAGAGAAAAACAAAAAUGUAUGAGAGAGACAUCCACCUGUUGCCUCUUGCACACCCCCAACUCAGGACUUGGCCUGCAAUCUAGGCAUUUUUCGAUUCGCAGGCCAGCACUCAAUCCACUGAGCCACGCUAUCCGGGGCAAUAAGUUUUAAGUAAAAAUUCAGACUAUACAUUGAAUAUGGAAUGGAAUUUCAUUGGACUGUAUGGAAGUUUUAGUAGUAGUAUACAAGUUAUUGUGUCCCUUUAAGUAGCACAUUCUUAUUUCUGUGUAACUGUAUGCAGUUGAGUAAUGCAACACUAGAAUUAAAAAUAAUAAAGACCACUUUCUUUCAAACAGCCAAGUAGUAAUUGAUUUCUAAGGCUGCCUUUCUCUUAUGUAGAUAAAUCACAAUGGCAACCUCAUCCAGUUUGAAUUCAUAUUGACUUUAAUUUUCCAAAUUUUUCAGAAUUUAGAACUAACAAAACCUCAGAUGCUGCUUCAAUUUCUCCAAACUAGAGGUUCUAAUUUCCCAGGCACAAAGUAGGAAGUAAUGGCUUUUCUGUCUGAAACACAAACUAAUUUAUAGUAUUCUGUUGGGAACCGCCCUGCCUGGUUUUAGAAGCUGUAACCCCUCCUCCAACCCACCUCCCUUACCUAAGGCUGAGUGAGCGACCUUCAGACCGGAAGCUACUAAGAAGACAAAGCUUAUCUCCCUGGCAGGGUCACUGCCUCUGCUCUUUGUACUUUAUCCAUAACUGGCCCCCAAUGCUUGAUUGUUUAGCCAAUGAUGAGUAAGAUUCUUCAAGGGAGGGAUGAUGUUAAGACAGGCAUGAUCACCGGGAGGCCCCAGGGGAGUACUUGGGGGACUAUAGCAUAAAGGAGUGAGGGGCCCUCACUCCUCAGCUUGACACAGCCCAAGUCCUCAUUCUGUCUGCAAGAAGUCUCCUAAUCUCGGCUGGCUUAGUUCCCCUGCCUGACUUAAGCCUGAAACAAUGACAGAGGGUGAUGCAGUCCUGUGCUGGAAAGGGUAGGUUCCCUGGGUGAUCAGGCCUAAGAAAGAAUAUGUAAAAUCCUGUGAAAACUGCUUUGUUUAGAAUGCUCUCAAUUAAAUGGUAAGGGUUUGAGAAGGAAAUGAGUUUGUUUCCCAAUGUUUUGUAGCCCUUUAGCCAACAGACCCUAAUUGAGAAUAGGCCCUCAUAGUUCUUUGUAUGCUAUCUACUGUUUGAUCCUUACUGCCUGACAAUGAUUAAUGAACUUUACCUAUAUUCCUCUGCUAAUUAAACCCAAUAAAAGCCUGUCCGUGCAAGGGACACUCUGUCCGGGGCACUCUCCCCUUAAGACAGUAGCCGUGCUGUCCCUUUUCCUCCACAGGACUUGGUAAUCUGUGUGAAUUUGUCUCAUAUCUCGUCCAUAAUGCCAGACACAGUGGGCCGGUACAUGCAUCAGAUAACUAGAUUGUAAGCUCCAUGAGAGUUUUUUUUUUUUUUUUUUUUAAUUCACUGCUGUAUCCCCGAGGCCUGGCACAGUGCCUGGCACAUAGUGAGCACUUAAAAUUUGUUGGGUGAAUGACUCUGAUUCCUUUAUUUUAUUUUUUUAUUGUUUAUUCUAUUACAGUUGUCCCAACAAUUCCUUUUAAAAGGAUCACUUUGGCUACUGUGUUGAUACUGAAAAGAGAAACAAGUUAGGAAGCCACUGCAAUAACAAAGGUGAAAGAUAACAGUGGGUUGGACCAGGGUGAUAGCAGAGUAGUUAGUAACCAAACAGCAAAGACAUUCUGGAGACAGUAAGUAUAAAUGAACUUUUUAAAGAGUUUCUAUAGGAAGUGGGGAGAAAUGAACUAGAGGGAGAUAGGAGAUCAAAAGUCUUGUUCUUGUUUUGUAGAUCAGAACAAUAAAGCCAUGCAUGUAUGUUGUUGUAGGUGGAAAGAUCUGAUGAAACAGUGGAGUGAUAACUUUGUGUAAGCAAGGUAGAUGGGAUCUACUGCAUAAGUAACAGAAGGGAAGACAGAAAAUAUAAGUACAAAUGCAGGUACCACCACAAAUAUGGUGAGAAUAUAUAGAAUUUGUCUUAUUUUCUCAGUGAAAAUAAGAAGUAAAGUAUUCAGUUGAGGCGGAGGAGAUAUUGGAUGUUUUUGGAUCAUGCAGAAAGUGUGAAAUAGUCUAGGAAAAUGAAUGAAUUAAGGCUGGUGGUUCUCAAACUAUAGCCCCUAGAGCAGCUGCAUCAACAUUGCUUGGAACUGGUUAGAAAUGCAAAUUUGGGGGCUCCCUCCCAGUGAAUUUACUGAAUCAAAAGCUGUGGUACUGGAGUUUUAACUCAAAGCCUUUCAGAUGAUUCUGAUGGACACUAAAAUUUAAGAAUGGUACAGGGAAAUAUAACAGGACUACAAGGCUGUAUUAAGAACCUACUCAAGGUUAGCAAAACCAUGAUUACUUACUCUUCCUCUGUGAUUUUGUUGUAGCUGUCUACCUGAAGUUCAAGUUUAGCUUCACCUCUUACCUUUUCAGUGAUCCAGUUUACUCUUCCAUAAAAGUGAGAGUAAUAGUAACACUUAAUUCUUAGCAUUGCGAUUAUUUAAAUGUACUUGAUUUCAUGUUAAAAACUUGCAAACUACGGUUAGCAUAUAGUAAGCACAAAUAAAUGUUGGGUAUUAUAGCAGUCACCUCACAAAUUACACACUUAAAUUAAAAUAAUAUCCCUGGCUGGUGUAGCUCAGUGGAUUGAGUGCAGGCUGUGAACCAAGGGGUCGCUGGUUCAAUUCCCAGUCAGAGCACAUGCCUGGGAUGCAGGCCAGGUCCCCAGUGGAGGCCACAUGAGAGGCAACCACACAUUGAUGUUUCUCUCCCUCUCUUUCUCCCUCCCUCUCUUCUCUCUAAAAAUAAAUAAAUAAAAAUGUUUUUAAAAAAUAAAAUAAUAAUUGUGCAUAUUUCCUGUCCCUUCCAGCUGUUAAACCAUUAACUGAAUAGGUCUUUAGAGGUUACAAACAAUAGCUACCAUUAAGCAACAGCCCACUAGGAGCCAAGCACUGUAUUACAAAUUUUACCUGUAUUAUCUCAAUCUUCUCAGUAACACUAUAACUACUAUUACAUUUCACAGUUAAAACAUGAUCAGUAGCCCUGGCUGGUGUUGUUCAGUGGACUGAGUGCCUGCCUGCGAACCAAAGGGUCGUGGAUUCAACUCCCAGUCUAAGCACAUGCCUGGGUUUCGGGCAAGGUCCCCUGUAGGGGGCACACAAGAGGCAACCACGCACUGAUGUUUCUUUCCCUUUCUUUUUCCCUUCCUUCCCCUCUCU